UUCCAAAGACUGUGCAGCCGCUCACAGUUUGCAUUUUUCUUGCUCUGUCACACAUCAAAAUGCGAAAUACAUUCUGAUGAAUUGCUCACAAGAAUGAUACUUUUUAUUUGUAAUUCUUUAUUACAGUCUUGCGCUGUCUACAUGGAGAUAUGGGGAGUCGACCGGACGUCAGUAAUGACAAGAACACCGGCUUGAACUUUGCUCACUACAUUGUAUCGUCAUCAGGGUCCGGCUGGGGCCAGGGAACGGUGCAGGGUUGUCACAAGACUCUUUGACAGAAUGGCAGGAAGGAGACGUAACAGAGGCGGCAACAACCAGCAACAGGCCCCGCAGAGACGAAGAGGAGCCUCAGGCCGGGCUUUACGGGAGCCGGCUGCGUUUGCCAAGUCGACUGGUUGUGACUCAGACGUCCCCCAUGAAAAGUUGACCAUCGCUCAGGCGAAGAGGGGCACACCAGCUAAUAGGCCCGUACGGGUGUACGCUGAUGGUAUAUUUGAUCUUUUCCAUUCUGGACACGCCCGUGCGCUGAUGCAGGCCAAAAAUGUGUUUCCCAACACACACCUGAUUGUGGGAGUGUGCAGUGAUGAGCUGACACACAAAUUUAAGGGCUACACGGUGAUGACCGAGGACGAGCGUUACGACGCAUUAAGGCACUGUCGCUACGUCGACGAAGUGGUGCGAGAUGCUCCCUGGACCCUCAGCACGGAGUUCCUGACGAAACACAAGAUCGAUUUUGUGGCCCAUGAUGACAUCCCUUACACCUCUGCUGGAUCAGAGGAUGUUUAUAAGCACAUCAAGGCUGCAGGAAUGUUUGUGGCCACCCAGAGGACAGAGGGCAUCUCAACAUCCGACCUGAUCACUCGCAUCGUGCGUGACUACGACAUCUACGUACGACGUAACCUGCAGAGAGGCUACACGGCCCGAGAGCUCAACGUUGGAUUCAUUAACGAGAAGAAAUAUCGCCUUCAGAACCAGGUGGAUAAGAUGAAAGAGACCGUCCGUACAGUUGAGGAGAAGUCCAAACAUUUUGUGUACCGAGUGGAGGAGAAGAGCCACGACCUCAUCCAUAAGUGGGAAGAGAAGUCACGGGAAUUCAUUGGCAACUUUCUGGAGCUUUUUGGACCAGAUGGCGCUUGGCAUGCUAUUCAGGAGCACAGUGGACGAAUGCUCCAGGCCUUGUCGCCUUACUCGUCCCCUCGUGGCUCCCCCAGCAGCAGUCCUACCAGAAUGCGUUCACGCUCUCCUGACUCCUCCCCAUCCUCGUCUAGAACUUCUCCCGCCUCCACAUCACCUACUGCCUCUCCAUCCACUCGCCGCCGUACCUGAAAUGGGAACACUUCUUAGUCAAGGCUACCUCCACAUAUUUGGAAAAUAAUUUCCCGACGUUGGGUCUUUCUUUAAAUAUGAUUCUAAAUAUGGUUGAGGUGUUCAAAUUGACUUAAUUCAAUCUUGUCAUCAAAAUAAUGUAUUGUUGGUUUAUUUAAAUACAAGUGCAAGACAUUCAUA